AUGGCGGAUAACGUUGAGAUGGCGGACCCUCGGAACGAGGGGCCGACCAGAGGUUGCAGGGCCCGGUUAAUGUCAUUUGGGGUAGAAGCACACCACGAUGGAGCAUUCCGCGCCGGGCCCGAAAAACCUCGGGUCAUCACUGGUCAAUUUGGAGUUGGAAACCGAAGCUAG